CAUUCCCACGGCCCAAACCAAACACCGACCCGCACGUCUCCUCCUCCUCCCCUUUCCGGCUCUCCCCAGCUCAAUCAACCCUUCCGGCCUUCCCCUCCCCUCCUCCACGCCGACCACUCCCCUCCUCAUCGCCGCCGAUCACUCUCCCCACAACCGCAUCGAUCCAAAGCUCGCUCUAGGUUAUCCGCCCGUCCGCUUCCCGGGGCUCCACCGGCCCGGCUCGAUUCGCGCCGGGGGUGGCUGCUCCGUGCUCUGAGCCACCCGUCGCCGCUGUAGCCCGCUGCUGCGGGGAGUGCUCCUCUGUUGGCUGCCGCUGGUGUAGGGGUCCAGGGUUUUGUCUUCGCCAGGCGGAGGGCGCAUGGGGAUGGUGCCCAACGGGCUCCUGCCGAAUGCGUCCACCGGGGUGACCCGGCGGCUCGACCCCGAGCGCUGGGCGGUCGCGGAGGGCCGCACUGCUGAGCUGAUCGCGCGCAUCCAGCCCAACGCACACUCCGAGGGUCGGAGACUGGCCGUGUACCACUACGUGCAGCGGCUCAUAAUGAACUGCCUCUCGUGCCAGGUUUUUACCUUCGGGUCAGUCCCUCUCAAGACUUACUUACCUGAUGGUGACAUUGAUGUCACUGCUUUUAGUAAUAGUGAUGAAUUAAAGGAGAUUUGGGCAAAUCUUGUCCGGGAUGCGUUGGAGCGUGAAGAGAAGAGUGGAAAUUCUGAAUUUCAUGUAAAAGAAGUCCAGUAUAUUCAGGCAGAGGUCAAGAUUAUUAAGUGUCUUGUGGAAAACAUUGCUGUCGACAUCUCAUUUAAUCAAGUUGGUGGACUAUGUACACUUUGUUUUCUUGAAGAGAUCGACAACUUGAUCAGUCGAAAUCAUUUGUUCAAGCGGAGUAUCAUAUUGAUAAAGGCAUGGUGUUACUUUGAAAGUCGUAUUCUUGGAGCUCACCAUGGUCUUAUAUCUACUUACGCAUUGGAGACGUUGGUUCUGUACAUAUUUCAUAUAUUCAACAAUUCUUUUACUGGACCUCUUGAGGUUAUGUAUCGUUUCUUAGAAUUUUUCAGCAACUUUGAUUGGGAGAAAUUUUGUUUGAGCUUGCGGGGCCCAGUUCCUAUAAGUUCACUUCCAGAUAUGACUGCGGAACCUCCGCGGAUGGACAGUGGUGAAUUGUUGCUGGACAAGUCCUUCCUGGAUACCUGUAGCACUGCAUAUGGAGUUGUGCCUCGCACCCAGGAGAAUCAGGGUCGACCAUUUGUUUCCAAACACUUCAAUAUUAUUGAUCCUUUACGUGCAAACAACAAUCUCGGAAGAAGUGUCAGCAAAGGCAAUUUCUUUAGAAUACGCAGUGCUUUUGCAUAUGGAGCGAAAAGGCUGGGAAAGUUACUUGAAUGUCCAAAAGAAGAUUUAAUUACUGAAUUGAAUCAGUUCUUCACAAAUACAUGGAUAAGACAUGGGAGUGGAAAUCGUCCUGAUGUGCAGCCUCUGAAAGUUGUUCCUUCUGUAGCGUCGAACAGUGACAGCAACCACAACACCAAAUCUUCACAGGAUGAAUCAGUGUCUUCCUUGAGCAGUUCAUCUCACCCUAGUGCAAAGGCAGUUUCUGACUCAAAUAGUGUUUCGAGCAGCUAUCGUGAAGAUAAUGGUUGUGUGAUGAACGAAGAACUUCCUUCUGUCUCUGAAUCAUCAGAUAUGCGCCAUGAUGAACAAGUUCUGGCCAAUUUAAUGGAUUCCGUGAAGUUGCAUGGAUCCAAUGAACAGAUUCAAUUGCCAAUGCAAAUAUCUUCUCAUCUGUCUGUAGCACAUUCCCCUUUAUUGGCUCCAAUAGCUUUUUCACAAAAGCACUUGGCUGGGGUUCAACCACCUAACUUAGUUGGGGCACCAUGGUUGCCCAAUAUGCAGUUCCUCCAUGGAUUUGUUACACCAACCCAAUACAUACACAAUCCAAAUUUGGCACCAAAUGUUGAAGAUGGCAGUGAGAAUGAGAAGCCUAUUACAUCGGAUGCAAACCAUGAUACUGACAAAACUUGGCAUCAGUAUGGUAUUGGAUAUUCUAGACAAUUUGAUCCUGAAGUGAGAGAUCCUCGCAUCUAUGAUAUUGAUGGGAAGGAACGUCCUUCUUUUCCUAAUGGUGUACACGGUGCCCCCUUGGAAAGGCAUAUGGAAUUCACUCAUGAGAAUAAUGGUGCAGAUGAUGAAACCUAUAACAGCAUGUUCCAGAAUCAAACAAGUAGAGAAGGCAAUGUAGAUUACUCUAAGAGGAGUGGUUGUGUGAACGCUUCGCAUGGCAGUUCAUCCAGAGGCAAAGCUCUGGAUGCUAGUUCAUGGGAUGAAGUUUCUGUAAAUACAACAAGGUCAUCAAGAAACAAAUGGGGAAAAGAACCUGGCUUUGCGGCACCGGCCACAUCCACACAUAGCAAGACUGGUGGGCAGAUGGGAAAUGCCAAUGAUCAUCUCCCAACUGAAGUUGACGAUGGCCCUAGAAAUGGGACACUGGUACCAAUCAUUAAUGAAACUUCUGAGAUAGUAGCAGGGUCCGAUUCUUUUUCAACACAAACAAGAACUAGUGCACCUUUUCUUUUUGGUUCGCCACAUCAGAGGCAAGCUGAUAACUCUGGACUGACUUUUGUUCCAACAGGCACACCAGUUCCUUUUGCUGUCCUCCCAUUUAUUCCAGGGAAUAGCAAUGGUUCUGGUCCCCAGUUUGAGAAAAGCGAUGGAAUUGAUCAGCUUUCUGCCAAAAUUGCAGGUCAAAAUUUCUGUUUGCUUAGUGAUGUUCACCAACCAGAUUCUGGUGCUACCUCUACAGCAUCAAUCAGUACUAUGACUGAGCCAUCUGGGGAACACAAGCCUGACAUCUUGAAAGGUGAUCUCGUUAACCAUCGGCACAAUCUUCAGUAUGCGCGACUCUGUCAGAAUGCUCGUUCCAUGGGUCCUGUUCUAUACCCUUUUCCGGUACCACCAAUGUAUUUGCAGGGCCAUGCGCCAUGGGAUGGGCCUGGAGGACCAGUUGCACCAAAUGUUAACUGGACACAAAUGAUUGGUCCUGGUCAACGAGUACUUCCUGUGAUGCCUCUGCAACCUGCUGCGGAAAGAGGUACUGGCGUUUUCCAGCACUAUGGAGAAGAUGCACCCAGAUACCGUGGAGGCACAGGAACGUACUUGCCAAAUCCUAAGGUUCCAUUUAGGGACCGGCACUCAAAUUCAAGAAACUACAGAGGAGGUUAUAAUGGUGACAGGAGUGACUACAGUGAUAAGGAAGGAAGCUGGAUAAACUCAACACAACGAAAUCCAAAUCGCAGCUAUGGACGUAGCCAGUCGGAGAGGUCUGGCAUGAGGUCUGAUAGACAGGCCAAUGAUGAGAGUCAAUCUGAUAGGCAACGGCGAACUUACAGAAAUGACUCAUACAGGCAUGAGGCGAGCUCUCAAUAUCUUGUGCAGGGCCAAUCUUUUGGAUCCGCAAGCUCUAUGCGCAAACCAGGGAACAUUGCACAUGGGGUUUACACACCACAAUCAACAGCUUCAAAUGGUGCUGGUGCUUUAUCUGGCCCUCCAGGACCACCAUUUUUUAUGAUGUACUCGUAUGAAUCUGGCGCAAAUCAUGGUCCAUCCACAUCUGAACCAAUUGAAUUUGGUUCUCUUGGGCCACUUCCUGCAGAAAAUGGUGAUGACAUACCACGGUCCACGCGCCAAGUAAUGCCUAAUGGGUUUUAUGGGCAAAGGCGUGGUCCAUAUAGGGGUGGUUCCUCUCAUUCCUCUCCUGAUCAACCGUCUUCACCUCAGCCUCGCAGACAAUGAGGCACCGCUGGAAGGUCAAAUUCGUUAUGUUCUCAUGAGUUGAGAAAUCCGGCACACGAAAUGAAAGUGCUGCUAUGUGCAGAUUUGAUAGGGUAGUUGAAUGAUGGCAUGGUCACUUGGUUCUGGCAUUGAAGCCCUGAGAUAGCAAUAUUUUGCUCUGACACUCGUGACCAUGUCCUGCAUGAGUUCAGACGGUUGAGGCCAUCAGCAGCCAACAACAAAAGCAUGUGCCCUAGCUGGUUUUUAUGGUGCUGUCUGAUAUUUCACAAGCACUAAAUAGUGAAUACCAUCAAAAGUAUGGUGUUUUCUGAUAUCUCACAAGCAUUGGAAUAGCGGAUAGCAUGAAAAGAGACAUCAUCAUCGGCAGAUUAUUUUACCGGUCGCUUAUGAACUUUCCUGGAACCGAAGCAACGAUCUUCAGAACAAAUCGUGGAACUGUGAAGCCCAGAAAUCCAGAAUAUAUAUCUUCAUGCAGAAAUCAGAAUUGAACUAAGAUUAUGAGCAAGGAUGAAUUGAGUUCUGACCUUCUCAAGGAUAUGUUAUUAGGUUGAAUGGAACCGGAACAAGCAUUUCUUCGUCAAAAUCAAAUACAAUCUUGAAAAAGCAUUGGGUUUUACUACAAUUAUCGGGGCAUUAUAUGGCCAUGUGUAACUGAAAGGUAAUAAAGAGUUCUCGUUUCUAGGUAGGAUCAAGAUCAUGUAACACAUACAGCAAACUCUUCACUUAAGUGUGCUAGGAGUUAGGUGAAUCCUAGAUUACCAAUUCUCGUGGUGUUUCUAGCUGGAGGGACAUGGACUCCAGGAUACUCUCACGCACGAGUAAAAAAAAUGAUCGUCUUUAUCGUCCUCUGUUCCAUAUGUGCGGUGCGUUCAAUGUAUUGGGAUUCCCGCAUAUUUCCCUGCCUGGGCAUUCUGAUGGUGUGCUGUAUCGGGUAUACAGAGAUGUUGGCGUA